AUCCCGAAUAUGAACCUGCCAAACCAUGAAAUCAUCGAAGCAGAAGCCAACUGGACAGUUGUAGUCAAUUCCGCCGUCCGAGCGUGCGUAAGACAGCAGGUGACGAUGGACUUCGUCACAGGACUGCCUGCCAAGGACGGCUGCAAUGACGCGAUAUUUGUCAUCGUCGAUAAGUUGACGAAGAUGGCUCACUUCGCCGCCUGCAAGAAAAGCAUCUCAGCCGAAGAAACAGCCCGCAUUUUCAUCUUGACCGUCGUUCGCCUUCACGGGAUCCCAUCCGCCAUCAUUUCGGAUCGUGACACAAAAUUCACAAGCAAUUUCUGUCACAACCUCUGGGAACAGUUUGGCACGCGCCUGCAAUUCUCCUCUGCCUACCACCCUGAGACCGACGGACAGACCGAACGGGCCAAUAAAAUGAUAGAGCAGUUGAUUCGCGACACCUGCGAUGAUGUGGCCGAUUGGGAGCAACAAUUGCCAGUUAUUGAGUUUGCGUAUAACAAUGCCCCAUCAUCCACUAUCCGAUAGUCACAAUUUCUACCUAAGUUACGGAC